AAGGAUCACAAUUGGCGAACGGAUUUAAAUUCAUAAAUAAAAUAAGAAAAAAUAAUUUUAUGUGAAAAUUAAUUGAAUAAAAAAUAAUUGUAAAAAUAUUAGCGGAAUAUUGCUAAAAAUUGUCAUCUAAAAAUUUUAAAUCAAAAAGUUUUAAAGUUUUGAUAAAAUUUGGAAAACAAAAAUUUUAAAAAGUAUUACAAAACAGUUUGAGUUGAUCAACAAAACAUAAAAAAAAUGUUGGUUUAUGGAGUUUGGUUUUACAUAAUAACAAUUUAUUUGAAUUUAUAUGGAUUGGUAGACUGUGGUAUUAUAACACCUAGAGAAAUGGAUAUUAGAAGAAUAAAUAACAUGGAAAUACGUAAAAGGCCGUUUUGUAAUGCAUUUACUGGUUGUGGAAAAAAAAGAUCAGCCAUACCUUAUAACUUACAUGAACUUAAUGGAAAUUCUUUAAAUAAUAAUGUUCAGAAUAAUCCAAACAGCAACAAUAAUAAUAAUCAGAAUCAGAAUGGACAACCUGAAGAAUUGGAUAGUUCUUUGACUGAUCUAAUUGAUUUAAAUGCUGAACCAGCUGUUGAAGAUUUAAUGCGUCAAAUAAUGUCUCAAGCUAAAUUAUGGGAAGCUAUACAAGAAGCAAGUCGAGAGAUUCAAUUACAAAGGCAUCAUAAUGAUCGUGGAUCUGAACAACCACGUUUUCCAAAUUUUAAUGCACAGUAAUAAAAUAAUAUCAGAAGAAGAAAUUGAAAAUUAAACAUAAUUCUUACGAUUUCCGAAAAAAAAUUUUUAACAUUAAAAAAAUAAAAAACAAAUAAUCAAAUUAUAAAGGAGAAUUAAAUAAAAUAAAAAUUGAAUUAAAAAUAUUCAAUAUAAAUUAAAAAAAUUAAAAUCAACUUAAAUUAUGUAAGAGGCCAGAGAAAUAUUUUUUAAAAUAAAUAAAUAAUAUUGUAUAUUAAAUACACAAGAAAUAUAUAUAUAAUAUGUAUAUGUAUAAUAAUAAUGUAAUAUAAUUAUAAUAAUAAUGUAACGCUUUGUCAGUUCUUUGCAUAAGUAGAAAAUAUAUACUUAAUAUUAUGGUUUU